AUGCCUACUCGAAUUUUCUUUGGUCGAUUGCCUUUCCGGACUACUGAACGUGAUAUCGAACAUUUUUGUCGUGGAUUUGGACCUAUCAGUGACGUUAUUCUGAAGAAGGGAUUCGGUUUUGUUGUAAGUUCAUGUUGACAAUGUUGGAAAUAGAUAUUUUCCUAAUAUUCAAGGUUUUCGAUCUUACAUUUUUGCAGUUACUGUAUUUUACAUCGCUCAAAACUCUCAUUGAACCUAAAUUUAGAUAGCAAAUUGUUUGUUACGGUUGAAUUCAUGCUUGUAAUACCUAAAUUUUGUGUGUUUCAGGACUUUGAAAAUCCGAGAGAUGCUGAGGAUGUUGUCUACGAAUUGAAUGGCAAGGAAUUGUUGGGAUCAAGAGUUGUGGUUGAGAAUUGUAAGCCCGGACACAAGCCGUUUCCUUCAUCUUCUCGUGGACGUGAUCGUGACCGUGAUUACCGUGACAGAGACCGUGGUGGUCCUCGCCAACCUAAAUGGUUGAACAAGUAUGGGCCUCCAGAACAAACUCGCUACAGAAUGGUGGUCGAAAACUUGUCUACUAGAUGUUCUUGGCAGGUAAAUCUUUUGUCACGUUACUAAGGUUUAGAUGAAAAGUGCACGUUUUUUUGGAUUUUUGAAUUUAUUUUUCAAAACCAGCAAAGAUGCUUUAUUAUAGUAACUUUGACUUUAAUAGUAGCUUUAAUGUGAUACAAAGGUAGACAUUGUGAAAUAGCCAAAAUUAUUGGUUUUUAAGGCUGUUUAAAGAAGAGAUGCGAUGUAAAUGAAGGUGAGAGGUUAAAGACGUGUAAUGAUGCACAAAAAGAGGGUGUGAAGCAUCUUGAACGCGUUUGAAGAUACUUUAUGAAGAUUUGUUGUUUAGGACCUUAAAGACAUGAUGAGACCGAUUGGAGAAGUCACAUACGCCCAUGCCCACAAGCCGGAGAGAAAUACAGCGUAAGUAAUGUGUAAUUGAUGGUGUUAUGAUUGAAGGGCACUAUCAGCAUUCAUAUGUAUAUUAAAAACUAAAAUUCAGGGCAUUUUCUUUUUAGAUUGAUCUGUUUCCACAGACACGAAGAUCUAAAGAGGGCCAUGGACAAAUUCCAAGGAAAAGACAUAAAUGGAAGGAAGAUCAAACUUAUUGAUGACACAAGAAGGUAAUAUCACAUUUUGAAUAUUUUUAUUGUAAUUUUAGUGCCUCACGGUCACGCUCUCGUAGCCGCAGUCGUUCAAGAUCCGCACGACGAUCUCCUUCUCCUAGAAGCCGAUCACGGUCGCCGAUUGGUCGCUCCAGAAGCCGUAGCCGCUCUUAA